ACGACGUCAAACGUAAGCGACAUGCUCGUCAGUGUUUUGGAGCGCCACGAAGGUUCAGCUCGAACACUUUGCAUCCAGGGAGGUUGAAAGCUAAACUCCGCACACCUAAACGAGUGUCUUCACAUUACCGCGUCUUAGCCUCCUCAACAACGACUAAAAGUCCAGUGAACAAACCUGCUUUGGUCUCACUGAUUUCACUGGUAGACUUCCAUUGAGGACAGGAUGCCCUACCACUGUGUGUCGUACGGCUGUGGCAAGACUGUAGACAAUGGUGCGACAAUGUUCAAAUUCCCCAAGGACCCUGAGGAGUUUCGCAAAUGGGAGAAGCAGAUCCAACGCACCCGUCCAAAUUGGAAGGCCACGCCCUACUCUCACCUCUGCAGUGAGCAUUUUGGCAAGGAGUACUUUGAGCACACUUUGCCUCUAAAGCUGAGGCCCGGAGCGGUUCCUACAGUGUUCCUUCGUCCAUCCUGUUCUUCCUGCAGUGGAGUCGGCUGUAAAAAAUGCCUGCCUUCCAUCCAGCGGCGGAGCAUUUCAGCUGAGCCUAAUGAUGACAUUAGUGCUGAAAUCAGUGGCCCGGCACCCAUUCAUAUGGAUGGAGGAGGUGACAAAGAUCUUACAAGAGGAGCGUUAAAGCCGGGACAAAAGAAACGUGACGAUAAGCCAGUGGUGUGUGAGAUGUGUGGCACCAGCGGCACCUUAAAGACCUUCUUUUCGAGGACAAAGCGCUUCUGCAGUGUGUCCUGCUCACGCUCCUACUCGUCAAACUCCAAGAAGUCCUCCGUACUGGCACGUCUGAAGGGACGACCCCCCUCAAAAAAAGCUACUGUGCUCAACAAAGUGAAAAAGGCCCUUCCAAUCCAAAAUGGACUGGAUGGUUUUGAGUGGGGCCCGUACUUGGAGAAGGAUGGAUCUGUGGCUGCAUCGGUUUCUUGCUUCAGACACGCUCCGCUCUGUUCCCAGUGGGAUGAUAUCACUGUUGGGAUGAAGGUGGAAGUCCUGAACACCAACGCUGUCCUGCCCAGUAAAGUCCUCUGGAUCGCUACCGUUAUCCAAAUUGCUGGAUACAAAGCUCUGCUGAGAUAUGAAGGCUUUGAGCAGGACGGCAGCCAUGAUUUCUGGUGCAGCCUCGUUUCGGGAGAGCUGAAGCCGGUUGGAUGGUGCGCCAUGACGAGCAAGCUGCUGGUGCCUCCACAAGAUGUGAAGCAGAACAUUUCAGAUUGGAAAGAGUAUCUGAUGACAAAGCUGGUGGGCGCCAACACUCUACCCGUUGAUUUCUCCUUAAAGCUGGCAGAGACCAUGAAGAGCCCUUUCAGAUCAGGCAUGCGUAUGGAGGUGGUGGAUCCCAAACACAUGAGCCGAACCCGUGUGGCCGUCAUAGACUCGUACACCGGAGGCCGUCUGCACCUGGUGUUCUCAGAUCAGAGCGACGCCACAGAGAACACCGUGUCUUCCUUAUGGUGCCACGAGUCAAGUCCCCUCCUGCACCCGAUGGGCUGGUCCAGCAAAGUGGGUCACGCCAUUAAGACGCCCAUCGCAAAUGCCACCGGUGCGUUCAAGGGUUUCUCAGACUGUUCAUCGCGUAUCUUUAAAAAGCCGAGGGUCGUCUACAUGGAGGGCGGAUUCUUUGAAGAAGGAAUGAAACUGGAGGCCAUCGACCCGCUCAACCUGGGAAACAUCUGUGUGGCCACUGUGAAGAAGGUGCUGUUAGAUGGUUACCUGAUGGUUGGCAUCGACGGCGCCACAUCUGACAACGACCAGUUUUGUUACCACGCGUCUUCUCAUGCCAUCUUUCCUGUAAACUUCUGUAAAAAGAACUUAAUCCCUCUCACUGUACCUAAAGGUUACGCCUAUCAGAUGUUCACCUGGGAAAAAUACCUACUGGAGACCAACGCUAAAGCUGCACCAGCACAACUCUUCAACACUGAUUACCCAGGUCACGGCUUUGCCUCCAACAUGAAGCUGGAGGCGGCGGACCUGAUGGAGCCGCGCCUCGUGUGCGUGGCCACGGUGAAGCGCUACGUGGGCCGUCUGCUGCUUAUCCACUACGACGGCUGGGAGGAUGAGUAUGACCAAUGGGUCGACCACCAGUCCCCAGACAUCUACCCUGUGGGCUGGUGUGAACUGGUGGGGUAUCCGCUUCAGCCGCCUCCUGGACUAGUUGAUAUAAACACACUCCAGGUGGUACGGAACAAGAAAUGCAAGCAGUAUUAUACCGGAAGAAAGAAAAAAAAGUAUGCAAGGAAGAGGCUCUCUGAUGAACAGACUACAGACGAUGCUGGAAAAGAGGCUGAGGUCACAAGUGUCACUGGUGUCACUCACUUGAGUCCAUCAGAGGCCGAGGACCUCAGUCUUCCACCGAAAAUGCCUUGCAUCCAAACGAAGACUGAGCUUGUGGAGCAGGAGUUCUGUCCAGUGCAGGUCAAAGUGGAGGAGGUGGAGAUGGUCAUUGAUGCUCCAGGCAACAGCAAACAAAUCUGCCUGACUUCAGUCAAACAGGAGGACGGAGGAGAGCUGAGUAAUUCAGGCCAGCAGUGGAGCAGCCCUGAAAACGUAGCACCCGCUGAGCUGACUUCGCUGGAGGACAGCUACACCGCCGACAGCAACACGGAGCAGAGUGAACACGAAGACGACAUGGAAAACUACGGCGCUGCAGAUGAAGUGCUGGAGAGCAGCACCGAGCUGUUGACUCUGGAGGAAUGAAGAGAGAAGAUGGAUAGAACUGUAGGGAGAUUUUUGUCAUGUCAAGUUUGUGAUGGCUGAGUCCCAUUUAGCUUCCUCAGUUUCAGUGUGAAUGCUGGUUCAAGUAUCUGAACAGAGCCAACGUUAACGUCAACACCUGUGCUUUUCAAAAUGGCUGUCGUGCAACAGGCUCAUAUAGCAAAGUUCACACUGAAUCACUUUAAACUCGUAGGAUGUCUGUAUGUUUCACACUGUAUGACCUGCUGUCAUGUGACCACGAGACCUAACAGUCAUCGUGAGGUCUAACUACACGAAUGAGAGACCACAUGAUCUUUGAUACGAGUGCUGACACGGAGACUGAUGAAUGACUUCGAUGUAUUCCAUUAUUAGUGUGUUUAAUACACAGCUAAAUAAAGCCAAGCUGUUCUAAGUUUGAUCUGAUUACCACAGCAGGUAAUCCUUUACUUCGAGUGUGUGUAUAAUGCUGAAAACAAUUAAGGGUAAAUCACAUAAAUUGUAUAAUUAAAUAACGUAACAUCCACCAACAGAACGGAAAUCACCAACUCAUUAAGGGGUGGAUGCAAAUUCACACUCAAGACUGAUUCAUUUUCCCCUUCAUUUAUUUUGAGCAGUGUAGACGAACUUGUCUGAUUGUUAAACUACCUCACUUUCUUUCCAACACCCUCACCUCGUGUUGGAAAGGACUUUGUGUUUUAUGCCUUCCGGUUGUCACAACAUGCAGAUGUUAAGUCUUUGUUUUUCAUGAUUUUGUAAGAAAAUUAAAAAAAUAAAUACAUUUUUCUUUAUAUAAAAA